AUGAACCGACUACGGGUACUCAAUCGCUUAGCCCUCUCUACCUCUAAAUCACUUUCUCGAGGCUAUUCUCAUUCCUCUGCUCCGGUUCCGCCCCGGAACUGGACACCCACGCCAUUUGUGACUGAGACGGUGGGAGGCGGCUGGCACACCUAUGACAUAUUUUCACGUCUCUUAAAGGAGCGUAUUGUAUGCCUCAAUGGCGAGGUUGACGAAAGCCUAUCGGCUGCGAUAGUUGCGCAGCUCUUAUUCCUUGAAGCAGACAACCCAGAAAAGCCUAUUCAGCUUUAUAUCAAUUCGCCCGGAGGGUCGGUGACAGCUGGGCUUGCAAUUUACGAUACAAUGACCUAUAUUCAGUCCCCAGUCAGUACGAUAUGCGUCGGCCAAGCGGCGUCUAUGGGAUCUCUCCUACUAUGUGGCGGUGAAGCCGGGAAAAGAUACUGCCUUCCGCAUUCAUCAAUAAUGAUUCAUCAGCCUUCAGGAGGGUAUUUCGGUCAGGCAACGGAUAUUGCCAUCCACGCAAAGGAGAUCCUUCGAGUACGCCACCAACUAAAUCAAAUUUACAAACGCCAUUUGACAGGAAAAGAAAUGACACUGGAGGAGAUCGAAAAACUGAUGGAGAGAGACUAUUUCAUGGGUGCAAAGGAAGCUCUGGAAAUGGGCAUCGUGGAUUCUAUCCUCGACAGACGAAUACCUCCAAAGGAGGAACCAACUUCAUAA